AAAUAAGCCAAGUAUCUAACAUCAGAUUAAAAAAAAAAAAAUAGUCCGUAACCCUUUCCCCUUUGCUUCAACACCUUCAUUCGAUUCAGUUCAACCCCAGGCUAGGGCACCGCGUCACACACCUUCUUCCUUCUCCAUUUUCGUUGCGAAUCUACCAUCAAUCAUGGAUCAAGUCGAUUUCAACGCUCCCCAUUCCAUGGGAACCACCAUCAUCGGUGUUACCUACAACGGCGGAGUCGUUCUUGGAGCCGACUCUCGAACUAGCACCGGAGUAUAUGUUGCCAAUCGUGCAUCUGAUAAAAUCACACAGCUCACUGACAAUGUCUACGUCUGUCGUUCUGGAUCGGCUGCAGAUUCUCAGGUUGUCUCUGACUAUGUGCGCUACUUCCUCCAUCAGCACACGAUUCAGCUCGGCCAACCUGCCACAGUCAAGGUUGCUGCCAACCUUGUUCGGCUUCUCGCAUAUAACAACAAGAAUAAUUUGCAAACCGGGUUAAUUGUCGGUGGCUGGGACAAGUACGAAGGUGGUCAGAUCUAUGGAGUUCCUCUAGGUGGAACAAUUGUGCAACAACCGUUUUCUAUUGGAGGAUCUGGGUCCAGUUACUUGUAUGGAUUUUUUGAUCAAGCUUGGAAAGAGGGAAUGACCAAGGACGAAGCUGAGGAACUAGUGAAAAAGGCAGUUUCGCUUGCCAUUGCUCGUGACGGUGCUAGUGGUGGAGUUGUCAGAACUGUCAUUAUUAACUCAGAGGGAGUGACUAGGAAUUUCUACCCAGGCGAUCAACUUCCAAUAUGGCACGACGAACUUGAGGCUCAUGACUCCCUGCUAGACAUUAUUGGUGCCCCAGAGCCAAUGACCAUAUGAAGAAGUCUCAGUUAUAAAACUUGCAUGGCUAGAUUAUAUCCCAUUGUCAUCCUCUUGACCGAACUAUUUUAUGGAAUUUGUGUAAUCAACUAAUUAUAUUGUUCGGUUAGAUGUUGGUUACUAUAUAUCUUCGUGUGUACUAUGGAUAACUUUAUUUUCAACCCAUUGGAUAAGAAACAUCCUGCCGUUA